UUUACUACCGCUACUGUUUGUUAUUUUCGUCGGCGAUUUUGGAUUUCACAACAUAUGGCAAUACCUGAUUUGUUGUUCAAGUACCAUACUAAGUUGAUAGACACACGUUGAACACACAUUUUUCGCGUUUUAUACAACAGACAAACAACAGUUUAGCUGUGACAGACGCACUAGCGACAGUGGGUUCGGUGUGAUCACAUCUCUUAUUUGCUGCGAUGCCAGAUGAUCGAAAUCGUUGUGUUUGUGUGUGCUCAUUGCGAAAUACGAUUCAAUUUUCAAAUUAAUUUCUUUUUGUUUGCCCUGAAAAAGUUUGUGUUUUCAUUGAUCGAUUAUAAAUCGGUUUUAUUUGGGAAAAUAAUGACGAUCGAUCGAUCUUAAUGUGUUCGGUUAUUGUUCCUGAAUUGCGAUUAGGACAGAGCGAUAGCAAACAUUUCAAUUGGAAAAAAGUGUUGUUUUGUUGUUUGCGAGUCUCAGCGUCGUUUUUUUUUUUGGUGUGUGAAAAUGAUAAAAAUGUGAAAGCGUUAAUGUUGUGCCAACUAGAGUAAAAAAGAUAACAAUUUAUCAAACUCAUCUGGAUCCUGACGCUGGAUUCGAUAUCAUCCAAUGACAAUAAAAUGACACAAAGUGAUUUGGUCAAAUAAUCAAGUGACUAAGAAAAAAAAUGUAAAAAUACCUAUUUCGUGGUGCACAUCAUUACUCUGUGUCGUAACCUUGAUCAACACGAUAAACUUUCUAAGAAUACUACAGUUUCUUUUUCCUCUCUCUCAUUUCGCUGUUCUGUUGGUGCGUUCAACAAUUUGAGAGAAACGGUGUUAGCGAAAGAAAAUUCUCGUUCGCCAAACCAAAUUAAUACGUGACUUGUGACCGAAUUCCCACGGAAUAAAAGCAGCGCAUUUAGGUUCAAUGCCAAAACAAUAAAAAAAACGAGGUGUCGAAAUAGCAACACUGUGUGUCAGGGAUACACACAAAAGGGAUUUCGCACGGUGAAUCUCUCGCCUUUUGGCCCUUACGUUCAGUUCUGUUUUUGUUUUUGUUUUUUUCAUUGAUUUCACGGAGAGAAGAAAAGAAAAUAUUUUGGUGGCAUAUCGUCGAACGAAGGCGUGAAUAAAUUAACAAAAAGAAAGAGAAACAAUCAAGAAAUACGGAAUAGUGAAGCGUGAACAGAAGUUUUUGAAGCGACGAGAAUGACGACAAGGGGUAUACGCCGAAAAAAGUCUUCGUUGUCCGAAGUGAAAAUAGCUGUCAUUGGAGCGCAAGGUGUCGGAAAAAGCGCACUUUCCGUUCGAUUCCUGACCAAACGAUACAUUGGCGAAUAUGAUCAUCAGACCGAAAAUCGAUACAAGCACGAGGCGAUGGUGGACAGUGAACCGGUACUGUUUGAAAUUUUGGAUACAUGCCCAAAGAUGGAGGGCAACGAGAUCACGAACACAGCACUUGACGCAAUCCAAUGGGCUGAUGGAAUCUUAUUAGUGUAUUCGAUUACUGAUCGACAGUCGUUCAACUACAUUAAGCGGGCGAAAAUAGAAAUUCAGUCUGACAUUCCGGUUUUCUUGGCUGCUAACAAAGUCGACAUGAUUCACCUUCGACAGGUCAGCGCAGACGAAGGCGAUAUUCUCGCCAAAGAUUUCGAUUGUAAAUUCAGCGAACUGUCGGCAGCCGAAAAUAUUUUUCAAGUUGCAGAUGUCUUUCAUGAACUAUGCCGUGACGUGCUUAACGCAAGACGAAAAUCUAAACAAAGCCUACUGGACCGUAUGCUGGGUGGCACACGUGUUUAUGCGCGUGGCAAAAGUGAUAGUGCAUUGCCGAAAGAUUAAUGCCCGCUUUUUAGUUUCUAUUCAUUUAUAUUAUAUAUUUGGGAUCACUUCGAUACAUGGGAACUGUACAACUGGGAAUGCUCGAGCGCUCAGAAGAAAAAAAAAACUACCUAGACCGAUUGACCAACCAACCACACAUUUAGAGACCAAUUUCAAAUUUGACUUUAUUCUAUCUCUGAUUUCAUUGGAUGGACACGGAAAACGGAUCUAGCGAAUUGAAUUGUCGGUUAUUUAUGUUUAUAAAUAUAUAUAUAUAUAUAUAUAUAUAUAAA